GUGUACACAUCGAGGGUUAAUUGAUGUCUAAGCAAGCUAAUGUUGUAAAUGUGUUAUCAAUACGACUCUGCUUGUAACAUUUUAACGCUAAACAUUAACCUCGCAAGAGGACGAUUUAUAGCGCACGUCGCGAGGAACCUACCCGCUUUCCUCCCGAGCUGAUGCGCCUUCCUCAAGUCUUCGGGUAAAGUGAGUCAUUCAUGCCAAACACAUCAAAAGAUCCCGCGGGUCCAUCAGAAGUGUCAAGUAUGCAAAAACAAAUCAUGGGCAGGGAAGAAGAGGACCGCCGCCUGAUUGGCUCAUUGGCCCGGGACACCUCUGUCGCUCUAACCCGGCGAGCGUCUAGUGGUGAGCUCCAACUGCCCCGCGCCUUCCCGGUCACGCACUCUCGGGAGAAGUUCUACACCGUCUGCUCGGACUACGCGCUGCUCAACCGGGCGGUGAGGACGCAGGAUGACGGGGACAAGGCCACCCGAGACUUCCAGUCGGCGGCAGCCUGCAUGGUUUCCGACGGCGACUGCGACAUGGAGGACCUGACGGCCGGCAGGGAUGCCAAGACCAUGCUCGCUUGGGAGAUUGACACCACCGACUUCAAGGCGGUGCUCACGCGCAAAAUUAGAAAGGGCAGCGUGAAGAAGUGCGGCAGUAAGAAGAUGAAGCCAGACCGAGCCAGCCGGAACCUUCAGGAGGUCCUGCCUCACCCCUCGUUAGAAGACGUCAAGCAGAGAAAAGUUCUCGAUCUCCGAAGAUGGUACUGCAUCAGCCGGCCACAGUACAAGACAUCGUGCGGUAUAUCGUCACUGGUGUCCUGCUGGAACUUCUUGUAUAGCGCGCUUGGGGCAGGAAGUCUGCCGCCCAUCUCCCAGGAAGAGGCGCUCCACAUCCUGGGCUACCAGCCGCCAUUCGACGAGAUCAAGUUUGGGCCCUUCACGGGUAACGCCACCCUCAUGCGGUGGUUCCGGCAAAUCAACGACCACUUCCGCGUGCGGGGCUGCUCGUACAUCCUUUACAAGCCGCAUGGGAAACAUAAGACUGCGGGAGAGACGGCGGAGGGAGCCUUGGCCAAGCUGAUGCUUGGCCUCAGGGACGAGACCAUGGCCUACGUAUACCACUGCCAGAACCACUACUGCUGCCCCCUCGGAUUCGAGGCCACGCCCCUCAAAGCAGCCAAGGCGUACAGAGGUCCUUUGCCCACCAACGAGAUGGAACACUGGAUCCUGAUCGGAGAACCCAGCAGGAAGCACGCUGCCAUCCACUGUAAAAAGUGGAUGGACAUCGUCACCGACCUCAACACCCAGAAUCCAGAAUAUUUGGACAUACGCCACAUGGAGAAGGGCAUCCAAAGGCGCACCACCAAAAAAGUGGGUGGGAACCUGCACUGCAUUAUGGCCUUCCAACGCGUCAACUGGCAAAAGCUGGGCCCCUGGGCCCUCAACCUGGAAAACCUACGGCACGGCGGCGGCGGUGAGGGGGAGGAAACCAAGCGCCUUGCCGAGCUGGGACGCUCGCAAAGCACGGGCAGCCACAAGGACGCCCCAUGGAAGCGCAUGUCCAAUACUGCAGACAACAGACAGAAGAGCUCGCCCGACAGCGACAUCGACGAGGAUGAUGCCAACUGAACACGAGGACAACAAACGGUACAA